CUGUUACCCGCUAUCCACUCCAUCACAACCUCACUCGCUCCGCAAUGCUACUCUCUCAGCAAGCCGAUCUUAAUACUAAUCAACAGCUGGCUAAAAAAAUCAAGCUGGCUAGGACUGAACGUGAUUCCUUCAUGGCUACUUAUGAUGUUAUUUCCAAGGAUCUUCUUGAUGGUUUGGCCUUGUAUAGACUGCCAGAGAAUGGCAAGCAGUGGAUCCGCAACAUGUUGGAUGCUACAGUUCCUGGAGGCAAGAUGAACCGUGGGCUCACUGUUCCUUCCGCUCUUGAAUCAAUUUUGAAGAGAGAACUUACAGCUGAUGAGCUUUUCCAAUCACAAGUUCUUGGAUGGUGUAUUGAGUUUUUGCAAGCAUUCUUUUUGAUCUCUGAUGAUAUCAUGGACGGAUCGCUCACACGUCGUGGCCAACCAUGCUGGUACAAAAAAGAAAAUGUUGGUAUGGUUGCCAUCAACGACAGUUUUAUUGUCGAGGCAGCCAUCUAUCAGAUGCUCAAAAAGUAUUUUAAAACUCAUCCUGCCUAUGGUGAUUUUCUUGAACUCUUUCACGAGGUUACCUAUCAGACCGAGCUUGGUCAGCUUAUGGACUUGAUCACUGCCCCUGAAGGCGAUGUCGAUCUUGACCGUUUUUCAAUUGAAAAGCAUGCUUAUAUUGUUGAAUUCAAAACUGCCUACUAUUCGUUUUACCUUCCAAUUGCUCUUGCUAUGCGUCUUGCUGGAAUCACCGAAGAGCGUGCAUAUAUUCAGGCCCGUGAUGUUCUCCUUCCUCUUGGUGAAUAUUUCCAAGUUCAGGACGACUAUUUGGACUGUUAUGGUACUCCUGAAACCAUUGGAAAGAUUGGUACCGAUAUUGAAGACAACAAAUGUGGAUGGCUAAUUGUUCAAGCACUUUCUCGUGCUUCUCCCGAACAGCGUACACUUCUUGAUCAAUGCUACGGAAAAAAGAAUGCCGAUUCGGUAGCCAUUGUAAAAAACGUUUACAAAGAACUCGAGAUUGAGCGUAUUUAUCACGAGUACGAAGAAGAAAGCUACAAACGCAUUUCGGUGCUUAUUGAAAAGAUUGAAGAUGGGCUUAUUCCUCGUGAUAUGUUUGUGACCUUUAUGAACAGAAUUUACAAGCGCAAGGUCUGAGAUGCUUUUCCUCCAACUAUUCGGACUUGAUAUCGUGUAGCCAUUCAAAUGAUAUGCUCACUGUUUACGGUGAUCUCUCAAAAUGCACUCGGCAUUAUAUAAAUGAACGAAUUUCUGCAUUCUGAU